UCUCUUUUUCUGGUGGACGAGGCUUUUGGAAGUCUCUCCUUGCGAUUGUAGCGGAAAGUGAAGUGUGAUUAUUUUCUGAAGCACAAAAUCUGUGACAAGUCUGAGUCUGGAAGGGGAUCCGUCGCGCUUUAGCACCUCUUGACGGACUGUAGCUCACGUAAUGUAACUACGAAAUCAGGGCGAGUCACUCGGGUCUAUUAUGCCAAGUGUGCGAGGAGAGAGUCUCGUGUUGGUGUCGAAUUUGGAUUCGACGAAGAAUCUGAAAGCAAUUUUUAACAUAUCAGUAAGUUGCGAAUAAGAAUAGGACAUCUCUUGUGUGUGCUGACCAACUCCAGGCCUCACUGCAUGCAAACACGCACAACUCUAGCUCCACAUCCGCGUGUUGCUGGCCUUUUCAUUGGAGAUGCCAUCUUCAAUGGCAUAUUUUUUCUCGCUAGCCCCAGGUUCCACGUCUUCGUGAACCAUGUCCGGUUCCACGGCAAGGGGCACAGUUACCCUCGUGCUACCGUCGGUAACAAGCAUGUUCGUACGAUUUGUGUUAGCCGGAGAGUCUCCGGGGUGCGCAAAUGCCGCAGAAUGUGCCCGUCCGUUGUCGGCUAAGAGUUCUUCGUCUCAUCCUCAAAGCGUGUGGAAAUCGUAUGUUUGCGCCUUCUUGCCUCCGCCAUUUCAUGGGACGUCUUCAUCUUUGCCUUACAGAGACAUGGGAUCAUCUUCGAGCGAGUACGAUCCUUCGCAUGCCCUGGUCCCCUUCGUCUACUUGUUGUUUGCGCUGCUUCUGGCUGAUGGCAUAGUAACUGUCUUGAAGCGGCUGUGGUGCGUCUAUAAACACCAACUGCGACUAGGAUCUCCUACAGCGGAGCGGGAAGGUGCACCCGAAAAGGAGGGGAAAAAAGAUGGACUGGUAAAUUUAGCUCGCGAGCACUCUGAUGUUCGUCAACGCUGUCGCGGUCGGGACAGUGGAAAAGCAUUGUCGCCUGGGCCGGACGAUGAGCUUUCAGGUCAGAGUGGAGAGCAUGCAGAGGCAAAAUGUAGCACAAUAGCAGCAGAACUGCAACAACUUCGUGCAGAGCAAGCAAACGCAGGCAGGGUAGGCACAGCAAACUUUGUGGCCCAAGCUAAACUGCAAAGGCGAAUCAUCCGCCUCGAGCAACAGCUGGCGGGCACUCAGAAAAACCAACAGUCAGACAACUCCUCGGACGAUAAGGAGCAUCGAAAGCCGGAUGCGAGCUUUCUGACGAAGCCUUCAGGACUAGGCAGCCACAACUCAACACUCUUGCGCGGAGUUCAAGGCUUCGCAGCGCAGCUGGGAGGCCGUCUUGUUGCCUCAGCUGUCGCCUCACUUUUCAAGGCUGCUUUUUGUUACGCGAUGGUCAGCAUUGGAUGUCAGUGGAGUAGCCAAAGAGACGUUGCACAGCAUGGUUGGACGCUUAUACUGCCAACCAGGUUUCUGUGGCCAUUCUUCCAGAAUUCAGGUUCACAGUGGUGCGGAUUCGGUUUUAUGGUUCCAUUCUUUCUCGGGCGGCUGGCGGUGGACGAGCUGUAUAGACACCUGAACAGUGUAGGGCUUCUUAUGUCGUAGUCACCCACGUAACUGAAUGGUCGGAAAGAAAGGUCGGACCCUUAGAAUGAUGCCCCAGGCGAAGGUGGAUUUUCUGGGAAAAGUAUGAGAUCUUAUAGCGUAAGCGUGUAACGCGUGACAUGCGUCUGCGUUCUCUGUCGCACUUUACGUGUUUUCGGGUGUUUCUUAACUUCGAGGUGUGAAUUCGUGGGAUAGAGCACGUGGGCAAUGUCAGCUAACAGACGCCGACCACCGGUUACUCUGCCGGUUACCACCGUCCUUCCAGCCGCGAGUUGGAAUAUUCCGACUUGUAUCUCUUUAUGGGUCAGCAGUGUCCGCGCUCCGACACACAGGCAGGAGACUGCAAG